CUGUUGAGCAGCACCAUGCUUCUGAAUGUGAGUGGCGCCAUCAAUUAUGAUACUUGGAGUAAGUUGGCUUUCAUUACAAACCUCACAUCAAACGUUCAUGUUUUAACUGAAAAUGAUGAUCAACAAUUCAAUGCAAGCCAUAUCAAACUUGCGUCUCCACAUUUGAUCGUAUGUGUUCGGGAUUUUCAUCUGGAAAAGAUACGGGACAACAAGAAAAUAACUGAAGAUGAGUAUUUAGAGGAUAGCCUUAAAACAUCAACGAAAAAGAACCAAGAAAAAAAUAAUGAGAUCAAAACCAGUAUCAAGAACUACUUUCCCAGCAGAAAAUGUUUUACGAUAGCACAGCCAGCCAUGGGAAAAACAUUGAACGCGAUCGAAUGUCAACCUGAUGAUCGAUUAGAAGAGGAAUUUAUCGAAAAUGUUCAAGUUUUGAUUGACUAUGUGAAUAAAUGCGAACCAAAGUAUAUUUCCAAUGCAAGCAAGAAAACGAUUGACGGAGCGGACUUUGCGUCUUACGCUACCACCUAUGUCAAUGCUUUUAGAAUGGGAUCAACUAUUAGCCUGAAAAAAGCUUAUGACGCUGCAGCAGAGAGGCGAAACAGAAAGGUUUUAAAGGCAGUACUAGAUGAAUACCAAAAGACGCUAGAGCGAAUAGAGCUUCCAAAAAGAAAGCAAGAUCUUCAGACUAAAUUUCUCGUCGCUUUUGACCAAGGACUUGCCAGGUACCGCAGUGAAUCACUACCAUAUCGACAAGAGAAGUUUGAAGAAGAAGCUAAGGCAGAGAUGCAACAUCAUUUUGAAGAUCUUACGAAACGUCUCACUCUGAACAGUCAAAAAGAAGGGAAAAGAAAACUAGAAGUACUUUAUCGAGAUAUGCUGAGCAAGCAUGAAAGUGAGUACGAUGCUAAAGACGGUUAUGAACGCUAUACAAAUGACAUGGCACAACUUGAAAAGGAUUUCUUUUCAGAAAUGAAAGACUACGAUAAAGAUGAUUUGUAUUUGGCUCUUCGUACUUUUAAAGAGAAUGAACAGUCAUCCAGAAUGGUUUGGUACAAUGAUGAAACACGGAAUAGAGAUUCGAAACAAUUCGGGAAAUUGAAUGAGGAGUUCAGGAAGGCAAUUACUGAAAGAAUGGAAAAGGCUUAUAAAGCGAAUGCGGAAAGAAGGGAAAAGUAUAUGAACGAGCAGAUGGCGAAACUAAAAACGGAGUACGACUUACGUUAUUCAAAACUUCAAGAAAAGGAGAAGUCUAGUUGUAUUAUAUUGUGAAGACAAGUCUGACGAAACUAUUACAAAAAGAACUGACAUAAGGAAACUUUUAUACCGGCCAACUACAAUUGGAUGCCAUAUUUGUGAAACAAUCCGGAUUAUUUUUUGACUGAAAUAAGGCAGUGAUUAAUUUUUACAAAAAAAUAAAACAUAUCAUACAACUUCAGUGGUUAAAUCAGGAUCUAAAGUUAUAAUAAGACAGUGAUUUGUUGAUGUUUUAAAAAAACAUACAUUUAUUUAUAUUUUUACAUACAUUGCAAUUUUAAUGCGAAACAUUAUUAAAUGAUUGUUGCAUUUCUCGUAAUUUUGUUUAUUUAGAAGGUUACUUUUCAAAUUUUUACGAAUGUCUUGUACAAAAUAUUUGCUAAAUGUUCUUUGCUAAAUGCUACUCUCUGCAUGCCUUAACGUUAUGACGUCACUUGUAAAAUAUUUCUACAUUUACUAUUUAUUUUAGACUGUCGUAAUUGUGAUGGCAGUUUAAUAAAUGACGUAAGCUUAAAUGGCCUACACGAUUUUGAACAUUUCCAGAUUGAUGAUAUUAAAUGGAAAGACAAUAUUGUUACCAACAAGAAUGUAUUUUUUUCAAUACUAAAUGUACUUGUUGUAAUCAGGAUUAUUAAUGUAAAUAUGAAGAAUCAGACUGGCUGCUUUCGAACAAAGUGUUUAAAAUCUCUUUCAUUAAAAUCUAGUGAUUUAGAGAAUAUGUGUUUGUUUAAGUGCAAGAGCGAAAUACAUUUGAAGUGUGCAACAGUUGCAAUAUUUUACAAAAAAUGUCGAAUAAGGUGUUUGCGAAAAAGAGAUAGUUCGACUUUACAUUUUAAACAAACACAAUUUUAUUUCAUGUUUUUUUAAUAUAUGGUUUUGAGUUAAUUACGCAAGCUUUACCCACACAACAUGUGGCAACUUCACACGCAAAAUCAUGGUGACACAAAGUUAAAAUUUGCAAAAAGUUAAAUGAUUCUCAGAUAAUUUCUGAUUUCUUUUACAUGUAAAUAUGGUGAAAGCACUGGUGCAUAUUAUGAAUUUGUUUACGUACUGAUUUCAUUUUAUAUCUUACUGAUGGUAAUUAGGAAUAAUUUGUAACUAUUCAUAUUGUGCUUAAUUCAUUUUUUUGUGUUCAAAUGUUUCAUACUAGUAAAAAUCAUAUAAUGGAGAUGUCACUGGAACAGUGGAAGUUUAAAAAACGAAUCGUUAUGUUUCAUGAAAUAGGAAAUAUAAUACUGAAUUAACACCUUUAUAAUAUAACUUGCCUUAUGCUUAAUUUUCUUUUGUUGCCUUUGGAUUCAAUGCCGCCUGGCAAUAGUUAAGCUUCCUAACCAGCGUCUUUGAUUCUGUUCCAGUACAUUCCAGCACACACAUAUUCACCGCAAGUAAUUGUCAACUACUCAAUUUGAGUCAGUGGUAUUACCAUAGAGGACUAAUAGCUCUUUUAUCAAAUCUUCACGGACAGUAUCGCACUUUCUCUCUAUAGCUAAGCGGACGGGCUCCACUAUAUAGAAAUUCAACUUAACAAAAAUGGAAUCAAAGAUAUCAGUUCAAUUGUUUUACGACCACUAUCGCUUUAAAAAAAAAAACAUAAAAUAAAAAUAAAAUAAAUACACGGUUAUUAAUUUCUUUGUUUUAAACUAGCAUAUGUCAGUGAUAACUGUAGGAUGCAGACGUGUAGAUAUUGCAUAUCCCUUAUAUAUAAUCAAAUAUAGAAUGAAAGAAAUGCGUAUUUGGUCUUAAUCUAAAUCGAAUCUAAAUGCAAGAAAAAGUGAAAUUCACCGAAAGUAUUAAGUAAACUAACAAGAUAUUAAAGACAUUAUGGUAGUUUUUACAAAUUCAUUGACUAAUUAUCUUUUGAUAGAUCUACAGAUGUUUUAUUUGAACAAAAUACAUUGAUGACGACCAUGUGCCUGUUAACUGGGUGUCUUGUUUUGUAUUUGGCAAAGGUUGUCCGAACGUGAAUUUCUCUGUUAGAUAAUUGUCCUUGCUUUUUGUGAAUAACCAUCUGCAGAUUGACUACAUAUAAGACAAUAAGUAGACUGCGUGUGAUUUUAAGAUAGGUUGCUAUAUUGAUGGUCUUGAACAAUUUUUACCUACCGGCUUCUUUGUUCCGAUGAGGUCUAUAGAUACCUUAUAGACCACUUAAGAGGUCUCUAACAGUAUCCAGACAAUUUCCAUACGUGUCCUACCUCUACUGUUUACAAGAAAAUGACAAAUGCCUGAAUCGAAGUCGAGUCGCUCGGAUGAUAGUCCAAUGCUCUAACCACUUAGCCAACUUGUCGACACACUUACGCACUUGUCAGAGAUUAAAUUUAAAGUUAUGCGUAAGCGACCGAUACAAUGCAGUAGAAUCAUGAGAAAUCCGUGCCUGUCAUUUAAGGUGAACGCGUGAUUGACUCUGUAAAUAUAGUAUCAUUUGUUUCAAAAAAAAAGAAAAGAGUACGAUUUAAUUGAGAAAUUUCCGAACAGUUUUACAUCCUGAAGGUCUUGAUAUUUGUCCGAAAAUUAAUACGAGCCAACUCGUCCGUCUAGGAGGAGAAUGCUUCAUGAAACAGGACAUUUUAUAUUACAAUGAAAAAUAAUAACAAUGAUAUAAUUGCAAAAAAAAAAAAACAACAAAAAACCCCACAAAUUUCCUCCUGGUUAAUCAUUAAUCUGCUAUUGUAAGUUGUGACGAUUUUCUGUACAAUCAACAUGGAACAUAAAUUAAAAAAAUAGCCCAGUUUAAUGAUCGUGAUACAUUCCAAACGUAUCUGAAAUAAAACUGACAGUUUAAACAUAUUUAAAGGCAGUUUUUAGGUAGUGGUAAUUAGUGGGUAACUGGUCAAAGUACAUUUCUUGUUUUCUGAAAAAUGUUCUUAUUUUGCUGAAUGUCAUAUCAAAUUAACAGUUGACAUUUUAUGCCUUUAACCUUUCGCCCACUAAAUUUCUAUAAUGGACUAGUCUAUCAUAUAAUUUGGGCAGUGCCAUUUAUUAUUUGAACGGGCUCAUACUGAAAAUGAACUGACUGAACAGUGCAGACCAUGAUCAGACUGCACGGAUGUGCAGGCUGAUCUUCGUCUGCGCUGGUCACAAAGGCAGGAUCAUUUCCCGACAGCAGGCUAAAGGUUAAAUAUUUAUAUGUUAUUAGCUUUGUAUCGGGAAAUACGCACGAGUUCUUCAGCGGAAAUAAUGCGCGACCUUAGGAGCGCAAUAUUCUUCCGCUGAAGAACGAAUGCAUAUUUCCCGAUGCAAAGAUAAAACCUUUUAAUUACAUACGCAUCUACACGUAUAAAUAUAAUGUAAAUACCAUAAUUUUGUUCAAUAGCCUGAAUAGGAUUGACAAUACUGAACUAAACAGAAGAAAAAACAGUGCAACAACACGCACUGAAUUACGUCACGCACCCGAUAUGAAAUUCUGGCGUCAGUGUAUGGAAAAAAUAUUGACGUUCCCGGUACCAGUUUAACUUAACGGGGAAUAGAAACAAGUAUUUAAUAAGAUAAGAUAUUUUGCACUGUACAAAGUUUUGCCGACCUGACAGUCUUCCAUUCGUGUAAAACUGACAGUUUCCUGGAUUCUAUACUUGUAUUUACAUCCACAAGUAUCUGACAACUUCUCACGUGAAUCAGAUGUGGAGGACCAGAACGACUAUAAACUAUAUGAUAUUUAUGCAUUAUCAUUAUCAUUGCCAUGUCAAUUUAAACAGAGGCCCCGAACUACAAGCCUCUUAAUUAGUUGUACUCAUUACUUUCAUUGUCAAUAGACUGAAGGUUUUUAUAUCUUCUAAAUGGUGUGCGCGCAGUUUUUUAGCACAUUUCUUAGAGACAGUACCUAAGUUUUUCAAAUCAUAGGUAUGAAUUUAGAAAGCUUUGAAAUGAAGACAAAUGUCCAUAUGUUUCUCAAAAAUAGAUAUAUUGACAAUAUUUUAACCAGAAACGUAGAGUUACAAGCAUUUAAUAUCUUCAUGUAAAAGAAAAUUUUGUGAUCAGGGAAAUGUAACUCUUCUUGAAACUUGAGAGCAGAAACAUCAAAGGGACAUAAUAUAGCUAAUAUUUUCUACUUGGGUGCAUUUGAUUUAACAUUCAAUUGUGAUCUGGAUUUCUACAUAAUGUGUGCUAAAAAUAUAGAACAACUGUAACAGUCCUUUAACAGCAAAAAGAUGCUGUUGCAGAAUGCAAUUUGUUAAGCUCUAACCAGGACUCGAACCCAGGACCUCUCACACCUAAGGCAGACACUCUACUACUUCCCUAUAACAGCAGUAGCUAUAGCUAGGCAGUUUAAGUGCACCGAUUACAUGACGUGAACUGGAACAAUUGUGUGACAACAACAUCAUUGGAGUACUCCGGAUUAUCGGCGUAUUCGCUUUGUUACCUAACGGCAAUUUUCGUGUAAAGAAAAAAUAUAAUGUAAUGCUGUAAACGUUUUAACCGGUCAAAACUGCCCAAAUUUCUCUGACGUGUUUUUUUGAGAGUAUGAACUUACUAACUGGUAGUACCAGUGAAAUAUAACUUACACUGAAUCUUAUAUAUUUGCCUUUUUAGCAGCUGGCGAGUGGCAAAUAUAGUGGGCUUUGUCCAAAUAUAAGCAAUUACAUUACCAGUUUCGAGAAGAUCUAAAUUAAUAGGGAAUUACAGUUACAAACUAAAUACCUUUCUGCAACACAUGGAGUCAUUAGCAUGCACUGUCAAUCAGUAUUAUGACUAAGAUCGACGAUCAUCCAUUCAUUCAAAUAAUUUAUAGACAGAGUCCGUUGUUUACAUUUUAAUCGUACCCGGUGCUCUUGUAAAAAACACUUUUUUUUUUGAAAAAUCGAAGAAUGCGAAAAGCUAAAGUACGGUCUCUAAAUCAUUUCGUUGUGUCUUCAUGGAGUGUGCUUGAUCUCGUUAUAUAAUGAUAGCAUUUCUUGUGAUAAUGUAAUGAUAAAUCUAUAUCGAUACUUUUGUACACGGCAAUGUUGUUUAAGUAGUAAAUUAAAGAACUAAAUAAACUAACAGUUUCUUAUGAUAAUGAUGAAAAACAAGAGCUGUCACUAUUGGUGACAAAUGCCCCCGAAGUAGGCCCCAGAAUGCCACAGUUGUAUGCGCAAAAAAUCACGUAUCGUUUUGUGACCUUGACUUUGCCUUAAGAGGCCUCAGUGACACAUCUCAAUAUAGUUAACAUUUGAGUCAGAUUAUUUUCAAAUCCCUUGAUAAAUGGCAGAGUUAUGGACAAAACAAGAAACACUUUUGACUUCUAAGUGUGAUCUUGACCUUGGAGCUAGGGGUCUGGGUCCCGCGAAAGACACCGCAGCUCACUAUAUGGAACAAUAUUAUAUGCCAAGUUAUUUCAAAAUCACUUCAUCAAUGGCAGAGUUAUGGACCAGACACAAAACAUACCCUGUUCACCUUUGAAUUAUAAGUGAGCCCUUUACAUUUGGAGCUAGGGAUCUGGGUCUUACGCAUAACACAUCGUCUCAUUAUGAUAAACAUUUAUGCCAAGUUGUUACAAAGUCCCUUUAUGGAUGGCAGAGUUAUGAUCAGGACACGAAACGGACCAUGUUAACCUUUGAACUUUAAGUGUGACAUUGACCUUGGAACUAGGGGCCUGGGUUUUGCGCCUGACACGUCCUCUCAUUAUUGUAAACAUUUAUGCCAAGUUAUUACAAAAUACCUUUAUGGAUGGAAGACAUACAUCCCGGACAUGAAUUUACCGGACAAACACACGGACGGACGGACGGACAGUGCGAUUUUUAUCUGCCCAUCAUGCGGGCAUAGAAAACUUAGAAAAUACCAUUCGCGUCAAAUUCUGACUAAUUGACUAGAUACACAUUGAUGAUUUCAGAAAAAGACUAUAAUCUUCCGAAUAUUUGCCAAAUGUGCACGGAUUUUUCAUGGAAAACAAAAUGUCAUCUCCUAGUUACUGACAAAUAUAUUUACAGGUGCGUAGCAAGUUGGGCCUUUUGUUAAAUUAAUAGUAUCCGAUAAAUUGUAGCACAUAUUGUCUUGUUCCUUCUUCUAACUAAUUGUUUGUAAUCAUACAUGCACGUUACAAACGUUCUUCAAAUCCGAAACCAAUCUGGACUAUGUACAAACAAAGAAGCAUGUACUAGGUAAGUCAGUUAUCAUUCUCGGAAUAGGUUUGCAUAGUGUUUAUAGACCUGUGAGGUGAUUUGAAAACCUCGCUCGCUACGCUCGCUUCGUUCACAAAUUCCUCACAGGUCUGUAAACACAAUGCAGACCUAUUCGUCGAACAAUAACUAUUACUUAAUGAAACCGGAUUUAUACCAUGUUGAGCUUCACUUACUUGCUACAGUUUUGACCGUAAUCUCUCCUUGCGUGUCUUCCUAGGCGUGCUUUUGAUUACUUUUGUCCCCAUUGCCUACUAAAUAGUUUGCUGUUGCUGUAUGUCGAGAGCUUUUGACAUUUCAAAAAUAUGUACGUGUCAGUUAAAGAGGAUAACCGUUAUUGAAACUAAAAGACGAAAAUUGCUUAAAAAUAUUGCUUUCAAGGUGCUCCGUAAGCUUUAGAGGCGUUUCAGGAGAAGCUAUUAAAAUUUUCAAGAUCAAGCGUAAGUGUUGCUGUAAUGAUGUUGGAAUACAUCGAAAAAUUAUUCAGCAUAUGCUUUACUUUUCUAUUUGUAAACCAACAGUCUGAUUAGUUACUUAAUUACUACCCGCCGUAUAAAGGAGUCACCAUACGGGUUGGUAGUUAUAUAUGAAGAAGUCGAGUGUCACAUUUUUAUAGAGAUUAGUUGAAAUUCCAUACGCAUUAUCACAGUGCAAAGAAAUUUGACAGUGGUACAUAUAGUUAUAGGUCAAAUUAUUGUUUUUAAAACGAUGGUGUGAAUUUCCUUUUCAGUGCUAAAGAAAUUGUAUCAAAUCUUCACAAACGAUUGCCAAAAGUAUAGAAGUAUGUGACAUAUAUUUCCAGAGUCGGGGCAACUUUUCAAAGUUAUGAAAACUUAGAUUUUAGGUCACAUAUAAAAAUUGUACACAUAUUUAUGUUUUAGAAUUGCUUUCACCAUUUUAUAUAAAACUUGUUAUGCUUUAUCACCAAAAAAAAAUCACGUCUGUUGAGGCAUUGCAUCCUAGAAUUUUGACGAAUGUUCUAAUAUGCUCUUACAAAACGGUUUUCGAAAGCAUCAGUCACAUUCGGUGAUGGUUGUAGUUAAUUUUAGAAUGUUUAUUACAUAUGUAUACACUUGAUACUAUAAUGAUAUGGUUUACAAAAGUCUUGUCAUGUAAAAUUAUGCUUUUAAAAGACUAACUUUAUAUGUGUAAACUGGUGUGAUCGCUUCUUUUGUAUAAUUUACACAUUAAUGCUUCUAAAUUUUCUAAACUUCAUCAGUCUUGUUUGAAUAUAUAAAGUUUCAGACUUAUGAAAUAGAAUAGAUUUUAUGUAUAUAAGUGUAAAAUGCGCUCAUUGCUGAAAAUAUAAUUACUUCAAAAUAUUACUACUUGUUUACAAAUGUAUUAAUCAAAUGAUUCGUGUUGAUAGUAUCAUUAUUCAAUAUGCCAACAAUAUCCCCUGAAUACAUUUUGGAUCAUUUAUUUGACAUUUAUAGAAUAAAAAGAUUAAAAAAGUUAUGGAGAUUGUGAAUCAAUCAGUAUAAUAAAUGCAUGCAAGUCUAUCAAUAAAACGGAUUAUUUAGUUAUAAAAUAUU